AUGAAGAAGCAAAUGGAGAUGGGACGUACGAAAAAGCAAUGCGUUGUGUUGUUAUUUGCGUUGUUUUUGGUUAUAUUUGAGGAAACCAAGGCUGCAGAGCUUGCAAAAUGGCAGAUCCACGUUGUGAAUGGACUAAGCAGUGGCCAAAUCUUGUCCGUUCAUUGUAAAUCCAAAGACGAUGAUUUAGGAGAACACAAGCUUAGCGUUGGAACAGAAUUCAAUUGGAGUUUUAGGAAACCAAAUGCACAACAUUCGUCAUUUGAAGCAUUUUGGAUUGAGAGUAGAUCAGUUUGGCUUUAUAAUAUGUGCUACGAUUCUAAUUGCAUAUGGACAGCUAAAGAUGAUGGAAUUUAUCUGAAAGACAACACAGCUCAAAGAGAUAUUUUGAUUCAUAAGUGGGAAUAA